AUGAUCGUCACCUUGCCUCAGUUUCUACCUGUAGAUUCCGCCUACAGCCCUCCCAUUGUGCUGAAGGUGCUGGAUUAUCGAGCGUUCGGGUACAAACCAGUGGUAGGGCAGACGACAGUGAAAUCCCUCGGCAAGUUCAUGUGUGAUCCUUUCGCUGGCUCACUUGAAACUGAAGAUGUCGCAAUGAUGUCAACCAAGACUUUUCGUGUGGAAACACCCAACGUUGAGAGUUCAGCUGCAGAGGAUGCUCAGAAAUCUGAACAGGAAGCCACUGAAGGGCUGCUGGAAGAUGACGCCAUUGACUGGUGGUGUAAGUUCUACGCUUCAUCAGGGGAGCAUGACGAUUACACAGACUAUCUGUUGCAGGGGUAUGAUACAAUAAAG